CAAUCUGCAUAGACACAAGGCUUUCAUGCUUUUGCUUUCGCAUAGAGAGGUCGGAAAGGGACCGCAUAUCAACGUGCAAGGUUGAGAUAUCAUAAGUUGCCCAUAUCGUAUAGCACAGUGAAAAGAGAAAAGAUCCGUUCAAGAGGAAGAUCUUCAUCUAUACCAUUGUUGCAGAGAGGGUAUACUGAUGAUGUCUCGAGCCUGGCUUCACUGGACUAUAUUGUACUGUGCAGGCUGCGGUUGUGGUUGUACUUCUUCUUACCGAUAGUGUUUCUUGGCCAUCGGGCUUCUGGUGUUUAGAACAAAAAAAAGGGGGUGUGAUUGUACUGCUGAAUGUACUUGAUAAAAAAGGUACAUUCAUGGAACAUCACACAUUUGGAUAACAACCCAGAAGUGAGGUGUGGUCAUGGGCAAUCCAUACUUCAUCUAUCGCUCUUCAUUUACAGUAAAAACUGUGAUAAUGAUGAUGAUGAUGAUGAUGAUGGAGUGAGUGAGGGUGUGUUUUGGAAAGCAUUCAUUCAUUCAUUCAUUGAUUCAUCCAUCCAUCCAUCCAUCAAUAUCUUCAAUUACUAUUAUCUUUCCAGAGAAUCUCUUCAACGGAUGGAUUAUUGCACCGCAUACCUAUGAUCAGAGAGUUGCAAGCAUCGUCAUCAGUGGCUUUUGCAUACAAUCUACACACAUACCAAUUUUCCUUGCCCACCAAAAACCUAUCUUUUUGUUUCCUUUUCUUUUGGCUCACAUUUUCCUCUUUACACCACACACACACACACUUUACUUUCCGCCCAGCCAUCAAGAUGGGAUUUCAUUCUUUCAUGGGGGGAGGGGGGUUGCUUAAUCAAAUAUUUACUUGUCAGCUAAUUCAUGUUCUUUGUUGUUUAGCUUACCCAAUCAAACCAAACCAAUUCAUCCACUUUACCAUAAAACCGAAUAGACGAAUCAUUUAACUCCCCCGUCUUUAACCUUUCGGGACACACCACGCUAUUCUUCUAGCCACGCCCCGAGCCUAGUCCGAAAAACUAGUUACCCGCAUUUAAGCGUUUCUUACCGAGCCAACUCCUCUAGUUUUCCCUGGGUGCUCUUUAGUCAUUCACGUGACUAUAUCUCACUCUCACAAUUCAAGAUGGACGGUGAUAAUCAUGGUUACAUACCAGAUGAUGUUGAUUUCGAUGGAUUAUUGAGUAGUGGUUCAGUUUGGCCAAGUGCAGACCGAUAUGCAUACCCACAACAACAAUCUCAACCCCAGCAGCAACCCCAACAACAGCCUCAACAGCAACAUGUACAAUCAGAUCCAUAUGGAAGAUAUUCGAAUAUUCAACCUUCUUAUGGACAGUAUGAUCUUUCUCAUCAAUCUCAUCAGCAACCCACGUAUAAUGCUCUAUCAUAUACGAAUAGUCCUGCAUAUGCUGCUGCGCAGUAUCAACAUGCUAGACCAUCAGACAUGUUCACUCCUACCUCUUACAGUCUCGAUCCUUCAAUGCAAGAGUCGAAUUCCUACCAUGGAGCUCAAAGUCCUUUCCCGUAUCAGCAAAAUACCACUCAACAUACCACAAUUUCUCCCCAAACACUUCAAUACAAUUUGUUGGCUCAACAGCAAAUGAACAGUGGGAUUCCAUCGACCGCUUUUCAACGAUCAAAUAGCGGAAUUGGUAGUAAACCUAAUUAUAACUAUGGCCAAAGGACACAAAGUAAUGAUAAUCAUUUCUUUAACCAAGCUCAGAAUAGUAUUGUACCACAAAAGAUGGACCAGAAUUCAUCCAACAAUACCGUGCGGUAUCCUUCGAUUCCUUCAGAUCUUGUUCCAAAGGAGGAGGUGAAGCAACAUGUUCCGAUUACAGAGCAAUAUCCCGUCGCGGCACCUACUGUUGCUGUGCCUCGCCAACGAGAGAUUCCCGAGCCUCAACCCAUUGCUCCGGCUCCAAACCCACUCCGAGUCACUCAUCCAGAUCUUGUUGCGAACAACCCCUCUUCAAGACCUAGAUUUUCAUAUGCUCCAUUUCUCGCAUGGGAAGAUACGCCGAUACAGGUUCCUCCUGCACUAAAGAAUACCAUUCCAAAGUAUCAUCCAAGAAAAUCCAGAAGUGGAAAAGAACUAGUACCGGGACUGAAUAAAUCAAAAAUUUCAACCACGCCAGCAAAAAUUUCACAGAAAAUUCGGGCGCCAAAACAGAAGAAAACGCACGUUAGCACUUAUAAAGGCACUAGUAGAUCUGCUUUUGAUAAAGAUUCCAUCGUACGUUCUGAUGGUACAAAUACGCCAACUAAGUCUUCAACACCCACGGAAUCAAGCACUUCAGAGGAAGAAACAAGUUCGGAAGAAGAGUCUGAUUAUGAAGAUGAGGAUGAAGAUGAUAUGCCUCCUCCAAUAGAUAUUAGUACUGUACGUGGGCUCACGCGUCCCAGUGAUAUCCCUAGUGCUGCCCGAUGGGAUGCCAUAGGAAUUGUCUGGAAAGAUCCCAAUUCUAGUCCAAGUGCCGCUGCUAUUACAAGUGCUAUGAACGAUUAUGCCAAUACUUUCAUCGCUCUUCGAACUCAAAUCAAGGAUGCCACGGCGAAAUUACAAGAAGCAACAACAUCUAAAGCUCCUGAGGUACAAUUACAGAAACUCAAGUCGCUCCGUUCCGAACUUUCAGAAGCUCUGUAUCAAACAAUUGAGGCAGCGAAUAAACUCGGCUAUGCUCCAAUUGUCGAAAAUCUUGGUGGCCACCAGAAGUUAGUUAGCGGUUUGACAGCCACACUCAUCGAAUGUACAAAAACUGAAGAUUACGUUGGAAAACUUCCACGAGCUGUUUUUGCUUUGCUCGCCAGAUUUCAAACACUCACAGAAGAUUUGCUUACGAAGAGUAAAUUUGAUGCUCUCGCAAAGCGUUGGAAUAAGAAAGGAGAUCAAGAAAUUAAAAGCUACAUCAAAGUUAUAAUGGAUAACACAGUUGAUGCAAAGCGAAGAGCUUCUAAGAUAGAUCAGACAUUGCCUAGCGCUGAAGAUACCAAGAAGAAGCUGGAAAAGAUAGAACAAAUUAAAUCUCGAGCUACAGAAUCCUUGAAGCCCACGGCAACUAAUCUAAAUCCAUCAAAAAGACCUCAUGAAGGGGAUGGCAAUAACGGAAAACCAAAUAAGAAGUUUGCUACUGAUGUUUCUGGUACUCCUACCUCGACAACCAAGUUGCCUCCAAUACCUAAGAGAUCCAAUGUCAACCUUCUUGGUAUUUCUUCCUCCAAGCCAACUCCUAAGCCUGCUCCAAAGGUUGCGCCAACCAAGAAGAAAGAACCAUCACCACCUCCACCACCACCAAUGUCAUCCAGAUUAGGUGAUAUCUUGGCCAGUAUCGAGAAACCACCUGAGGCACCAAAGAAGGCUUCACCAGCAGCUGGACCUCCAGAAACUCCCGAAGAAAAGAAGCGCCGUGAGCGAAAAGAAAGCAGACGACAUCUCAGAGUCAAAUUCAAGCCAGACGAUGAACUUGAGCAAAUUCGUUUAUUCAAACAUGAGGUUGCAGAAGAUGAGGGACGUCAAGAUGGUAUGUUGAGAGAUGCACGUAAUAAUCACUCUGAGGGUAUGAUGCAUAAGCAACGUGUUCAGGCUACAGAUGAGGACGAUGAUGAAGUCAUGUCUGGUAUGAUUGAGGAUCGACCUUAUCCUACUUUGGUUGAAGUCGAUCUUUCCAAUCUGGAUAAGCAUACUACAUAUGGUCCAAGUUAUAUUACCAGAGGUGGAAAUGUUAAGUUUGUUACUCCGGAACAGCAAGAACAAAAGCGACGAGAGGCCAAUGAGUUACUUGUAAUCUAUAAUGAUCCUUCAGAAAUUCCACCAUCUGCAAAAGAACCAUCUUCUGCAAAUGAUGCCGCUACUGGUAUGGUAAAACAACUAAAGUAUCCAAGUGCUCCUUGGUUGAUUCAAAGGCUUCAAGAUAUUCAUCAGUAUGGUCCAGAAUAUGCACGAACCCUUGCGAUCAGUCGUUUGGAAGAAAGAAAGUACAAAGAAAUGUUAGAUAACCAAGCUCGCGGUUUCACACAAAAUGCUUCAUCUUCCAGUAAUGGUAUGCCUGCAUUACAACAACUUUCUGGAGCACCAAAAUUCAACCCCAUAAUGGAGGUAGCAUGGGAGAAUCUUCAACGUGUUGUUGCAACUUUGAAGGGCAAACCAUAUCCAGCUAUUGAACCACCUGAGUGGAUGAACGAAGCACAAAAGAAGGAUUGGUGGGAUGGUUAUAACAAGGAUCAUCCUAAUGCUGCAGAAGAGAGACUUCUUGCUCAAAUGCAAGCUCCCCAAGCUCCUUCAAUGUUACCUCCAAUGCCAGUUUCUCAAAUGCAGGGUUAUCAACCACAGAUGACUCAGCCGGUUAUGAAUUAUCAAGUCGCAGUCCCAGACGUCAAUCAACAAGUCCAACAAUACCUAGCGAGUUUAACUGGAAAUAACAACACAAAUACCGAUAUUCCAACAUCAUCAUCAACACCCCAACAAUUCGAUUUCAGCGCAUGGUCCAAUAAUCCCGCUCUUCAAGGCUAUGCACCUUCUCUUCCUACCGAUUCCUCGUCAAGAUGGCCCGGUCACCAAAGUGAUGAGAAUCGAGAUUCGAGAGGAGGUAAAAAUAAUUACAAUAAUGAUAAAUGGCGUAAACCAGGAAACGAGUGGAAGAAAGAUACAAAAUGGGAACCGCUGGAUGAGAACGGACAGUAUAAGGGAAAGAAACAACCGUGUAAAUUUUGGGGAGAGGGAAAGUGUGCAAAGGGCGCGGCGUGUACUUAUAGUCAUGAACCGGAGGAUCAGGGGAGAGAUCGUUAUUGAGAUUUUAUGAGAAGUGGGGUGUGAGUGCGAGUGAUAUUGGGAUUGGGAUUGGGAGGGCAUUUGCAUUUGCGUGUAUUUGUGUAUGAGCGUGGAUUCUUUCGUUCUUUUUCUCUUGAUUUCUUUUUUUCUUUUGUAAUGCGAGAUGUGGAGAAUUAUUAUAGUUGUCAACUUGCAUGGUUUAGGGGGUUGAAUGGAUGGAUGAGUGGGUGGGUGGUGUUAUGGGAUGAGAAUGAGAAUGAGAAGGGAAAUAUGUAUAUUUCUUGGGUUGGGGGUUAUUCAUGUAUAGGGGAAGUGGUAGUGUUGGGAUGAAAUGGGCG